GCGGUCGAACGUUUACCAAAUGGCAUCGGCGAUCGUCUCGGCCAUUAUCGGAGGCGCAAUUGCCAACCUCCUCGUUGUCUACCCGCACAGCACAAUGACCGAUGCCGAGCUCAAAUCAGAGCUUCUAGUCAUCAAAGACUGGUUCAUUGCCUUCAACAGCAACUUCGUUGAUAUCACCGGAAAGCUUCCCAGCUCCACUUCGUCGUUCCCUGUGGCAGUGAUGCUGGCUACGAGUGAUCUUCACAUCUCCACUAGCAGCCCGAACGAGCGAGUACACAUCACCGGCCGUCUUAGCACAGAAGCGGCGUGGGCUCUCAGCCCAAAGGAGAAUAACUGCUGUGUUCACAUCUACGCGGAGAACAACGACAUCGAUGAUGGAUAUGACAACUGGCUGCUGAAAAACAAGAGCAGAAGUAAAUUGUCAAGCCCGGAUAUUCAAGCUAAAGUAGCUACUGCCUUAGCGAAUAACCGCGGCACUCUUGGCAAGGGUAAUCUCGCUUAGAGCAGAGCUCAAAAGGUGGAUUUGACACAAGUAGCCGUUCCUCAUGUGUUGUAGCUCGCCUUAGUCUGUCUGCUCAAAUGUAUGGUUACGCCUAUGUAGCCUGCACAUUCC